AUGACCACUGACCAAAACCACUGGCUGGUUGCAACAGCCUCAACAGAACAUGACCUCGAUCACCUUCAAUAUCAGUAUAUCGGAUAUUGUCAUGCACUCGUGCCAUUCCUCGCCGAUGCGAGAAAAAGCCCAGUAACAAUCUAUGGAUUCCUCUCAACGAGACCGAACACCUCCAAGUUCAUCCAACUCGUUGAUCAAUGUCCCCAAAUCAAGGAACUAUUGCAGAACUCAAUCUUCUCAUCUACUGUGUGGGCCCCGAGCGAUACUGCCCUCCAAGAUUUGGGAGACAAACUGCCAGAGGGAGAUGUUCUCACUUUUCUUCAGGCACAUAUUUCGCCGACGUUCCUACCUAUCUACUUCCUCCUGACAGCUCCAACGGUGGACCUCUUACUUCUCCCUGGCCAAUUAAAUGGCGCCCAAAGAGUCACAGUUCGCCCCUCACUAACCGGGCUUAGAGUCAACUAUGAGGCGACCGUGAUUGAGCCCGAAAAUCUCACGACAAACGGUCUGGUCCAUAUAAUUGAUCAGGUUCUUCUUCCUCGGCCGGCAAUAUACUCUCUUAUCGCUACUUUGCCAUCGCAUGACUUUGAUAUAUUCCAAACAGCAGUGCAAAAGUCUCAAUCAGUGCAGGCUAUUCUCCAUGACCAGUCACAUCGCGGUGGAGUCCUUUUCAUUCCCACAAACCGAGCUUUCCACAGACUACCAGAAGAGGUCCAGAAGUUUCUCUUCAGUGAUGAAGGAUUUAAUUCGCUUCAGGCCCUCUUACUCUAUCAUAUCGUUAUCAAUCGGACUUUGUACUCGAAUCGGUUCUACGACAUAGGUUCUCCACCAGAGCAAUUUGUGCAGACACCAGAAGCCACGCCCGAUCAUACAAUCCCAACUGCAGUGACACAGGCAGAAUCUCUGUGGCGGGUUCUCAAGGGCGUUCGUCGCUUUUCUCUCCCUACUUGCCUAGAAGAUCGGCCGUUGUUGAUUACUGUGACGCGACAUGGGGGGUUAAUCUCGAUGCGGGUGAACAAGAUUGCAAAUAUAACAGCUCAGGAUGGGUUGUGCGGCGAUGGAGUGUGCCAUAUUGUGGAUUCGGUAUUGUUUCCACCCCCACAGAAUGAGAGAGUUACGGAUGAUGAAAGGAGAUUGUCUGUUGGGGAAGUUAUUUCGAGGCUUUCUCAACUCGUGUAA